AUGAAUUCAAUACCAUUUCUUCAUAAAUUUAUGGCCAACACGUCGUCCUCGUCGUCAUCAUCAUCAUCGGACAUACAUCAUCUGAACCACAGUUCAAUCAAACAGUUACUAAAUCAGUUGGUUUGGCGUAAAAAGUCUUCAUUAUCAUCGUCUUCGUCGCGCUGUCAUCUGAAGAAGGAUGUCAUCGCUAACCACAACCACAACAACAGCAGCAGAUGUUGUUCACAAUCGUUAAACAAUAUCUGUCUGAUUAUGAAAUCAGAGCAACGAAGUACUACUACUCGUGUCCAUCGUAACCAAAGCCCGGCCACCGGUAGUUGUCGUCGUAGUCAUCGUAAUAAUCCUAACCAGAAGUCGACAACAAUUAACGAAUGCUAUACUAUGCAGACAUCGCGGGUAACACCAGUAUCGGUCAGUUUUAUCAACAGAAGUGGCGGCGGUAGUGGUGGUGGUGCUGGUGAUGAUGAAGGACUGGUAUCUAUGCAACUGAUGGAUAGGGUUAUGAUUAACGAUAAUGAAUUCAAAGAUUUUCAACAACUAAAGUACAGCAAUAAUAGUAAUAAUAAUAAUAAUAAUAACAAUUCAAUUACUAUUGAAGAUCAGCAAUGGUUUUAUGGAUCGACUGAACGGGAAAUGGCUAUCGAAAUGCUGAAUAGCUGUCCGAUCGGUUCAUUCAUUAUCAGAUACUCGACAACAAAAGAUAAUUGUUUUGCAUUGACCUUAAAAGUACCCAACGAUUAUCAAAUGCAAGGUAUUGCACACUAUCUGAUCCAAAUGACCCAUAAAAAUGCAUUUAAGAUAAAGGGUUUCACUAAGGAGUUCCCGACAAUUGAAUCGCUUGUCGUCCAUCACAGCAUUAUGAAGGAACUGCUUCCCUGUCCACUACUAUUGCCAUCAAAUAAUAUUAAUAAUAUUAACAAUAAUAAUAUUAUUGACAAUGAAUUUGAAGACCUAUUGGUGGACAUCGAUUCCGAUCCAAAUUAUCAAAAAGUUUUAAACACAUUUCGCAAAUCAAUGUCUAGUAUUUGUUAA